CGAAUAUUUCUACUCAAGCUAGAAUCAACUUUCAGAGUGAAGAGAGAAACCUCUCGGUGACGGGAGUAUAAACACAACUCUGCUAGACAACAUAAAUCAGAUUCAUGAUUCCUUGGCUCAUUCUACAUAAAUCACUCGGUUGACUUAUCCAAUGCCGAACCCCAGCUCAAUUUAUCCCACGCGCAAACGAAGGCUCUUGGAGAGCUUUCCGCUUGAUACUUCACACAAUCAAGAAUGGUCCAGUUAUGAUUGUAAGGAUCUGGACGAUGAAGUAGAAGUGCUCUGCGUUGUUUCCAAACGGACACCAAGGGCCGACCCAGAAGCUCCACCUCGAUUGCCUUACCUUGAGCCGCCUCUGUACCAUCCUGUCACUCUGUUACCUCGGGAUGACUAUAUGGAGCCUGAUAAAAGCUCAUGGCCAUGUCCCCCGACCCCGCCCAGCGAUGAUCCGUCUUACCACAUGGACGAUUUGCCCCGACCAUUACAGCCCCCUCCUAGAACAGAUUGGAAGAUGCUUCAUCGCCUGUCAGACGACACUUGGAUCGAGGUGGAAGUUCCGAUAGACGGUCUAAACUACGAAGGCCAAGUGUCGCCAUUGCCUUUUGCAAAUACAUUGCAAAGUGUAAAUGAGCCGUACGACCAUUACAACAACAUUUCUCACUCUUCAACAACGAAUUAUUAUUACCCAGUAAGCUUGCCUACUCAAGCCUACAAGUCAAACUCUCCGACAAACAAACAUCCAGUUCAAAGGUCCUGCCGUGCAACUGAUACAUUGCGCUACUCUUCAAGUUCGCCACAAAAGGCUUUGAAUAGGGUGUCGCUUUUUGAUCCUGAGCCUUGUUCCUGGCGGGACAUGCGCCAGGCAAUUUGUUCCAUUUGUAUGGCCCCCGCCGAAUCCUUCUAUUUGAACUUUGGGGCCAUCUCGUGCUCUAGUUGUCGCGCAUUUUUCCGAAGAUGCGUGUUAAAGAACCUGUACCAAGGCCUCGUGUGCCAUUAUGGACAACGAUGCGUUUUAACCGUAGACAACCGAAAUGAUUGCCGCAAAUGUCGCUUUGAUAAAUGCGUUCAACAGGGCAUGAAAUGUUCGGCUGUUUUAAGUCACACCCAAAAGACGACCCGGUUUCGUAAACAUAUUGCAAGUAAACAGUUGCAAAAGCUCAACGAGACAAUGGAGUUAAAACGAACGUUACGCACCUUCAGAAGAACACGCCCCCAAAAGGUAUCAAAUGAUACCUGAAGAAUAUUGACCUUAGUAAGAAACUCUACUACUGCCGUAAAUCAUGUGAAGCUGGUUCAAUGUCGUCGUUUUAUUUAAUGUUCAUGAAGCGUUACCAUUUCGCGAACAAAACGUGAGGUAGACCAGUCCAAGGCCCUAGGCCUAGAAAUCUUGAACUGCAGAGAUUCUAACCAAGCUACAAAUAAUGAAAUAAAAA